AUGGCCGACCAACGCCCUCCGCGCCCUGCGCCGAGCGGCCCCAACCACGACACCACCUUCCGCAACUACACGGCCGCCGCUGCCUCGGCCUACGCCUCUUCCCGCGGCUCGUACCCUCCGGCCUUGUUCGCUUUCAUCCUCGACCGCCACCAGUGCACCGGCGGCCAGCUGGGUCGCGUGCUCGAUGUCGGCUGCGGUCCCGGCAACGCUCUGCGCGAUAUCGCGCCUCACUUCGACCAUGCCACGGGCGCGGAUCCUGGCGAGGAAAUGAUUGCGACGGCGAAGAAGCUGGGGCACCGGACGAAGACGGGCGAGGAAGUUGUCUGGAAUGUUUCCGGAGCGGAAGAGUUGGUGGAGAAGGCGGGCGUGGAGACGGGGACCGUGGAUUUGUUGACGGUGGCUAUGGCGGCCCAUUGGUUCGAUAUGCCGGCGUUCUGGAAGCAGGCUGCGCAGCUCGUCAAGCCCGGUGGUAGCGUCGCCAUCUUCACCAAGUCCUCGUACUACUGUCACCCGACCAUGCCAAACAUCAACGAGGUGCAGCGCAUCUCUGACGAAUUCGAGCGCACUGAGCUUGCUCGGUACGAGUAUCCGGGCAACCGCCUCUGCAGGGAGUUCUACAAAGACCUCGCCCUACCUUGGCAGGCGGAGGACGGCGGCCCGCCCGAGUUUCCAGAGGAGCUGUUCGAGAGGCAUGCGUGGAACUUCAACGGGACGCUGGAUGGCCCCGAUGGAGAGGACUUCUUUGGCGGCAGUUUAACCCUCACGUUCCCGCAGAUGGAGAAGCUGCUUGGAACUACUAGCACGGUGCAGAGAUGGAGGGAGGCCCACCCUGACCUUGCCGGUACGGACAAGGACGCCAUCAAGGUUUUUCUCAAGAAGCUUGAGGAGGUUGCUGGAACUUCGAAGAUUCGCAUGGGCAUGGGAUAUGCCUUGUUGUUCUUCAAGCGGAAGUAA